CUGCUUUUGCAAUUAAUGCCAUGAACCCAUCCCAUCUCCAUCUUUCGCUAAUAAUAUCUCUUCUCCUUUUUAUCUUUCAUUUUUUUCUUUUCUUCUCAGUCUCAUCAGAGUCCCAGCACAACUUUAUCUUAUUUACCCACCUCCAAGGUACUCCCAUUACUGCUAUUUUCUUCUUUCUUCAUUUUUUAGCUGCUUAGCUUUGUCUUCUAUGUGAGUGCUUCCUCUGAAUUUCCUAAGUACAACAUAAAGCAACAAAACAAAAGACACAGACACCCCUGUUUUUAUUUUUUAUUUUUUAUUAUUAUUUUUUUAAUUUGAUUUCUUAAAGUUUUUACUUUUAAGCGGAAUUGUUGUAACAACAGGUUUCAGUAAACUCAGCUCAGUGAGAUAAAAUUAUUAUUAUUAUGUUUUAAAAUUUGAAGUUUGAUGGAUUAUUACGUAAUGUUUACUUGAUCUCUUGUUGUUAUCUUUACUUUGGUGUUUUAUUUGAUUUUGCUUUGACAAAAUCAUACCUUUCUUUCGUCUUUUUCUGCUUUCCGUUUUUGCUUUUACCUAUUCUCUCAAGUGGGAAAUCAAACUCUCAACACGGUUUCUUUCCUCUUGUUUGGCCCCUGAUCAUCUUUCUUUUAGUACUCACAUUCUUAGUAUAACUGGGUUUACUUUUACUUUUCUCUCUCUCACUCUCUCUUUAAAAUUUUGUUAGUAUUUUUUUGAGCCUCUGAGACUGAACAUAGAAUUGUGGUGUUAGAUUAGGGUUAUGUGAGGUUAUGCCUUUGUAUACUGUGCUAAAAAGUACUUGUCUUUGACACUUUGGUUUAAUCUCCUUGUGGAUUUGUCUUUCUUGUGACCGUAAUCCGAGAAGCUGGUUUUGUUAUCGAUCCACGUAAACUCCAAUGGAUUAUGUUUGACCAAGAUUAAAAAGAUCUCCAAUUUUCUAUAUUGAGGGUGUAAAGUUCCUUGUGGUCUGAUGUCUGGGAAUCUUUUUAGAGCGGACAGUCAUUUGCUUGGUUGACCAUUCCAGCAAUUACAGAAUUUCAUGUGAGAUCUGUUCUGGCAUAAAGAAGAACCCUGUCCCUUAAUUGCAAUUGAUGUCUUUUUUCUGGAGCUAAGAAAAUGGGGGGUUGUGUUUCGACUAGUAGCCAGAGUAAUUGUAGUAGCAGAAGCAAUGGAGAGACAGUUUCCCCUGCAUGUUUGGGAAUGGGAUUUUGUGGCCAAAAGAGAACUAAGAGAACAUUCUCAGAGCAUCUUGUUACUAUGCAUAAUUUAUCUUCAAUACCCAACAGGGUUUUUAUGAAUGGAAAAAGCCGAACCUCUUGCAUAUUUACACAGCAGGGUCGCAAGGGAGUCAACCAGGAUGCCAUGAUUGUGUGGGAAGAUUUCAUGUUGGAAGAUGUGACUUUCUGUGGUGUCUUUGAUGGCCAUGGUCCUCAUGGGCAUCUUGUUGCUCGCAAAGUGAGGGAUGCUUUGCCAAUAAAAUUACUAUCAUUCUUGCUAUCUUCUCAGUCAAGGCAGAAUGCUUCAGGUAAAGCAUGUUUCAAAGCGAAUAUAAAGAAAGCAGAUACUGGAGAUACUGAGAAGGAUGGCUCACCUGAGGAUAAAUUGAACUCGUUAUGGAAAGAAGCAUUUCUGAAGUCAUACAAGUCCAUGGAUAAAGAACUGAAGUCCCAUCCUAAUUUGGAUUGCUUUUGUAGUGGUAGCACUGCUAUUACAAUAGUGAAACAGGGGGCCAAUCUUUUCAUGGGAUAUAUUGGGGAUUCACGGGCGAUUAUGGGAUCUAAGGACAACAAUGAUUCUAUGGUAGCGAUUCAGUUGACUGUUGAUCUAAAACCUGAUUUGCCAAGGGAAGCUGAGAGGAUUAAACGAUGUAAAGGUAGAGUGUUUGCAUUGCAAGAUGAGCCUGAAGUAUCCAGAGUUUGGUUGCCCUUUGAUGAUGCUCCUGGUCUAGCAAUGGCUCGAGCAUUUGGUGAUUUUUGUUUGAAGGAGUAUGGGGUGAUUUCAAUACCUGAAUUUUCUCACCGGACACUUACAGAUAGAGAUCAGUUUAUUGUGCUUGCUUCAGAUGGGGUUUGGGAUGUCUUGAGCAACGAGGAGGUUGUUGAGAUUGUAUCCUCUGCACCAACCCGGGCGUCUGGAGCUAGGAUCCUAGUGGAUGCAGCUGCGCGUGAAUGGAAACUCAAAUAUCCAACUUCAAAGAUGGAUGACUGUGCGGUGGUUUGUUUAUAUUUAGAUGGGAAAAUGGACUCUGAAUCUGAUUAUGAUGAACAAGGCUUUUCAUCUGCAACCCUUCAAAGCAAUCACUCUGGUAAUGCAAUUGAAUCAGAUGAUGGCCAGAAGUCUGAGCCAUCUUUGCAAAGAAAUUUCACCGUUCGAUCAUCAGAUGAAAGUGAUACUUAUGGAAAAGUAUCAGUCGAGGAUGAAGGGAAUGGAGAAACAGUAGCUGCUGAAGAUCAGAAUUGGUCAGGUUUGGAAGGUGUUACACGGGUGAACUCUCUAGUACAACUUCCAAGAUUUUUGGAGGAAAGGCCGAACCCUUAA